AUGAAGCACAAAUUGCAUACCUUUUUUGUUAUCAUAUGCUUAGUCGUAGUAUUGUAUUGUGGUGGUAUAGAGGGAAAACAAAAUAAUAAUAUAAAAAAGGAUAUGUGGAUAUCCCGAUUUUUUACUCAUAAAAACGGCAAAUAUGCGAGAAAUGAAAAAACAGUAGAAAACGCGGAAGGUGGUAAUAAAAACAAUGAAAUAUUAGAUGAUCUAUAUAAUGAAGAUAUAGAUGAGGUAGUCAAAAAUAUCCUUAAAAGUGAAAAUGUUGAUAUUCAAACUUUGAAGAUUAUAAAAGAACUUGAUAAAAAAAAAAAUGAAGUAAUUAUUGCCAAUAAACAAAAAAAUUUAUAUAAAUCUGGCGCAUUUGGUAUGAGUGUAAUAUUUCUUAGCUUUGCUUUGCGUGAACUCGCAGAACUUUUAGUAAACUAUUAUCUAGACAAACAUCAUAAUACUAAAAAUGCACUUAACCGUUUGAUUACGAACAAAUGGAAAUAA